UUUAUUUCUCGUAAUCAUUGGGUCUGUUUCUUUAGAGCUGAACUGGCUGUACUAGUUCAGAGCUUAUCUUUCUCCUUCCAAUGUAGAGAGAAAAAGACAAACUCUGAAUUAGUGCAACCAGUUCAGCUAUAAAAAACAGAUCUAUUAUGUAACUGUGAUCAAGUUGUCAUUCUAUUAACGAGAAUAAAAAGAAAUGCGAAAAUAAUCGAAGUGAAAGUAGAUAAUAUUUGAAAAAAUCUUUGUCUAAAUGUACAUUUGUAUAAAUUGUGGAGCUGAAUGCAAAGAGCUUUUUAGAAGAUAUUGUCCAAGCGUUCUUAAAAUCUUAAAAUGUGAAAAGUGUGGCUUGUUAGCUGACAAAUAUAUCGAAUAUGAUCCUGUUAUAGUUUUUGUAGAUCUUAUUCUGAUAGAAAAACCAGCUUACAGGCAUCUCUUGUACAACAGCAAUUUUAAAUCGUAUUGGAAAUUAGUUAUAAUAUUAUGGCUAGCUGAAUCAUUCAGAGCUUGGUUUUCCUGCGAGAUAAGCAAAACAGAAUUAAAUGCAUCAGAUUUGGUCUUUAACAAUGUGUCACAAGAUAAUUGUAAUUUUUACAGUGUGCUGCUACAUACAGCAUUUGCUUUUGCAGCAUUUAUUUGUAUAGUUAUUCUAGUAACCGAAUUAAAAUGGUUUAUCAUUGGUAAAAAACCAUAUAAAUACAGUGUAAGAGAUUUAAGUUGCGCUUUAAUAGUUGGAGGUUGUGGAAAAUUAUUGGGAUUUUUGGGAAUAGUGUGGAGGCAUAUAGCCUCGAGUCCAUAUUACCUUCUUAUCGAAGGUUACACUGUUUUAUGUCUCUUCACUGCAUACUCAGUUGUCUGCAAGAGUGGAAAGGGAGGCUCUUUGAUUGGAUUAAUUGCUGGAUUUUUGCUAUAUAGUUACAUAUGUACUUCCAUUUCUAAAUUGCACCUAAAUAUUCCCAAUAUCACAUUAACAUGACAUAAAGUGUCUGAUAUACAACCAUACAAUUUUUGAUGUUUAAGCAUCUUUGACAGGAAGAACACUCCAACCUAAAACUAAUCUAUCAAAACCGCAAGAAAAUAAAUUACACACAUUAUUAUCUUCCAACCAAGCAACAGAACACACCAUUCUACGAUGACCCUGCAAACAAAAUUAUGUUAUUUAGUUUUAAUAUAUUUAUAGUAUCGAGAAUGAAGGAAGAAAUUCAAUCAAUCAUGCUAUGUAAUAUUUCUAUGUAUAAUAAUUAUAUGUAACAUAUUAAAAAAAAAUGAUU